AAAUACUAAGUGAUUUCUACAUCUAAGUAAUUUAAUAAUAUAUCACAUUGAAUACUUACAAUGCUGCGAUUGUUCGCAAGAAAUAUGUGCUCUGCAGGACAAGUAAAAAGACCGCCAAUUCAAGUUUUUGGGGUAGAAGGGCGAUAUGUCACGGCGUUGUACAGCGCAGCCAGCCAAAAGGGUCAACUAGAAGAAGUGGAUAAGCAUUUGAGGAUACUCGAAAAGGAACUCUCCAAGCCCAAGAUGAUUGAUUUUCUUGAAACUAGUGUGGUAUCGCGCGUUCAAAAAGCUAAAUUCCUGCAAGAGGCAGCUAAACAAGUUGGUAUGCCUGACACCGCAGCAAAUUUCCUAGGAUUGGUUGCCGAAAACGGUCGACUCAAAAAACUAAAGCGCAUGAUAACAAUGUUUCUGACGGUCAUGGUCGCGCACAACAACAAGGCCCCCUGUGAGGUCAUCACCGCCUCGCCUCUCGAUGAUGGAUCCCGUCAGUCCCUCAUGGACGCCCUUAAGAAGUUCGUCAAGGGAGACAAGAAGAUCGAGCUCACGGAGAAGGUGGAUCCAUCGAUAAUAGGAGGGAUGAUAGUGGGUGUGGAGGACAAGCACAUUGAUAUGAGCAUUUCUAGGAAAAUUCAGAUGUAUACCGAUAUACUGAAGCAAUCUGUCUAA